UCCAGGCAUGUGCUGUAACUACGGAGUAUAUAUAUCCGAUCCGGGUGAGGGAUAUCCAAAGAAGGGAAAAGAGAUGAAGAAUAUAAAGGUAGAGAUACCGAAUCAAAAAUGGGAUACAUAUCAUAGUAGAUAGAGUAAAGGGUGGUUUCCCACACGACAAAGAAAUCUUAAUGCAUUAUCGCAUUGUUUCAUUAUUCCAUCGUUAUCUACUUCCGCAAGUCCCGCUCCGCACGGUUCCCCAGAUCGUUACAAAACGUGCUUGGAAAUCGCCCGGCGGUCGGCAUUCCGAGCAAAAGCCGCAACUGCAAAUGCCUGAGGAGUCAGGCCCUGACAAAAGUGACGUGCUCGAGGACCAGUCACGAGAUCCCCGCACUUGUCCUCAUUGGGUGUGUUUGCUCGGUUACACUGUGGCUGUUUGCAUCGAUGUCGUGAUCGCAAUCCAAUCAGAGGGGGGCUAAUCCAACCCCGAUGGCGGAGAAGGGCCCCAAA